UCCAGGUAAGACGAAAGAAGUUGUAAAAGAGUCGGAUAUUUUGUAAUGCUUUUGCCAAUUUCAUAUAUUGAUUCCCAGCGUGAAAUGGUAGAUGAAAAUGAGAAUAUAAUAUUCUUUAUUUAACGAUGUUUUGAACCCCGUGAAAGGAAAUCCGACAAUUUUUACGCAAAUUUAGAAGAUACUUAAGAGACAAUGGAAGAAAGAGAACGCGAGGAAGUCCAUGAUAAGUACGUUCCAAGGUUUUUAUAUUCUACCCUCUCAUCUCUGUGUAGUCAACAGAACACGAUGACAUUCUCCAAUUCAAAUUUAUAUACAAGCAAUGAAUCGAUCGACGGAUCCCUGGUCUGCGAUGGAGAGUCGUGUUUAUCAAGGUCUGAAAGCACAGCAAUUGCAACAGAAGAAACCAAGGAUAAGAGUGAAAAAUUAGAAAAACUAAAAGAGGAAGAUCAAGACAUAUACGUUCCCAGGUUCUGUAUUCCACCAAUUCUAACUUUUUCCACCGAUGAUGCUGUAGACAAAGAUGUGGAGGAUGCAACAAUUGAAUCGGUCAAUGAAGCACAAGCCUGUGUUGAUGAGUCGUUUCUUUCAACGUCAGAGAGUCCUGACUCUGAAUCAAUAGUAAUGGGCGAUAUUGAAAUUGAAAAAUCUGUUGCGUCAGGUAAAUGGACGGCAUUAUGUGAAAAAACAUGUGACACCAUUAGAGUACGGCUGAAUAUACCUUUGACUAAAGACACCUUGAAAAGCUACUUUGAGAACACACAGAAGUCAGGGGGAGGAUAUAUUGUAUCCCUAACAACUAUCAAAGGAACAGAAUCGAAAGUUGAAGACGCCCUUAUAACAUUUGCUGAGUCAAAAUAUGCGACUAAUUGCCUCCAACAAGAUCAUAUGUUAUAUAAAAUGUCCUUAGAUGUUCAGAAAUUAGACCGCCGGGAUCCAACUCUCUGGGAAAUGAACAAAGCUCUAGUGACAGGAUUAAACACUAUAACAACACAGGAAACGCUAGUGGAAUUUCUGGAGCCUCCAGCUGGUGUGGAACUUAUAUCUCUGGUGAGAGGGGAACAAGAAAAUGCAGCCAUAUUGGUGUUUGCCGAAAAACCAGAUUUCGCAAAAAUGUCUAAUCAAUGCAAGGAAACAACACUUGAAGGCAAUACCUUAUUUGUACAGAUGGUGAUGAAAUGUCAAUCUAUCUAUGUCAAGGGAAUUGACAAGAGCAUUACCUGUAAUCUACUAGAGAAUUUUUUCUGUAACAAGAGGAAAAGUGGAGGUGGAGAUAUAGAGAAGGUGGAUUACCAUCCAGAAGAUGGUUAUUGUAUUGUUUACUUUGAAAAUCCAUCAGAUGCAAGGAAUGUUGCAGCACAAGAAAAGUUUACAAUUGAUAAGAGAGAAGUACAAGCAGAGAUGUUUUAUCCCUGUCUAGGUUUGUCAGAAAAACCGACAAAUCGGGAAGACAUGCCAUGUGUCUCAUAUGAAAGCAAUGUAUAUGUCAUCAAUUUUGUUCAAAACUGUGGGCCGGCAUUUAGCCAAAUAAAUGAAGCUUUACAAAAAAAGUUUGUCAAGAUAAAAUGGCCAAAAUCAAAGUCAGAUUUUAUUAUCAAGUUACAGUGUACAAUGACAAAAGAUAUGAAAAAUUCAAAGGAAAUUCUAAUAAGCUGGAAAGAAGAAGCGACGGUUGAGAUGGAUAGGCAUAUGAAAAGAUUUGUAUAUAAAUUGCAUUCUAUUUUACCUGAGGCAUGGUCAUUAUUUCUGACUCGGCUAAAAACAUUAAAUAUCGGUGAUCCAAUCAAAGUGAACGUCGUUUUGGAACAGGAAAACCACACAGCUAUAUUAACUGGCUAUGAGGAAAAUACUGAAGCCCUUACUCGGACAAUUCUUGAUUUUAUCAAAACAGAGGAGUCCAAAAUAAAAAACCAAAAAAGAAUAAUGAAAAAUGUACCCUUAGAUUUUCAUAAAUGCCAGAAGAUAUGGGAAACUCAUUUUUGGAAGAAAUUAAAGAGUGAUUUCCCAGAUCUUGUUUUUCAAGUUAAAAACAUUAAAAAAGAGGUGAAUUUGACUGGAAAGCCUGCAAAAGUCAACGAGGCUCUGAUCAAGAUUAAUGAAUAUCUGAUGAUUACAAAGUCAAAGUCGUUUAACAUUUCAAAAGGACGUUAUGAAAUUUUUUCCAUGAAGGAAGUAAAAGAUCGUUUUAUUGAAGAAAUGAAAGCUAAACGCAACAUGGCAGUUUGGAAUGUAACAGAUGACAAAGUAUAUAUGACAUCUUCAAACUUAGAAAUGGUUGAUGAUGCUUUAGAGACCUUUAAGAAAUUUAUUCCAGAAGAAAAAAUUAAAAUCAGAGACAUUGGCAAAGUUUUGAGUAUGCCAGACUGGCAAGCUUGUGUUAAGAAACUGAAAGACAGUUAUGAUAAAAAAAUGUUUAUUUCUUAUCAAAAUUCUGAAGUUUGUGUCACCGCUACUAUAUAUAUUUUCGAGACUGUUUAUAAGCAGAUUGAACAUGAACUGAAAAUUUAUUCCGAGAAAUGCCGCAUUGACAGCAAAGAAGUUCAUUUAUCUCUACAACAGUUUAGGUACAUGCAAAUGUUCGGCCAAAAUGAAAUUUCAAAAAUCAAAAAAUCAUGUACUCCAAAAAAAUUAGAAAUAAAACUAAAUCAAUCAACUUGUUCAAUAGAAAUUACGGGCAAUAAUGAAGAUGUUAAAAAAGCUUAUGAAAAGUUGAUGAGAUCUAUUCAUGUAGGUAGUUGCAGCAUAACCAAUUCUGGAGCUCCUGUGUUAUUAACUUCAGGAAUAGGGCGAGAGACCGCAAAGAGAGCCGGAAAAGAAGCAUCAUGUAUCCGUUAUGAUGAAGAAGGAGUGUGUCAUAAUAGAGAGAUUAGGGAAACUGAAUCAUUUAAAGGCCAAAGAAGAACAUCGAAAUGUUUACCUAUAAAAAUUGCUGAAUGCAAAUUGCAGUUAUGUGAUAAGAAGUUGGUAGUUAUGCAAGGAGAUGUUACAAAAUUGGAAGUUGACGUUAUUGUGAAUGCUGCAAAUGGAGAAUUAGAUCAUUGUGGAGGUUUAGCCUUGGCAGUAUCUAAAGCAGGAGGAAAAAUUAUUCAAGAGGAUAGUAGGACAUACUGUAAGUCCCAUGGCACUGUUUCACAUGGUGAAGCAGUGCCUGCUCACCCAGGUGAACUCCCCUGUAAAAUGCUGAUCCAUGCCGUGGGGCCAAGAUGGCGUAAUGGGGGUCACGACGAAGAACAUUUGCUUAAAAAAGCUAUAUCUAGAUGCUUGGAAUUGACAGACAAAUAUAAUUAUUCUUCCAUAGCUAUCCCUGCAUUAAGUGCUGGAUUUUAUGGAUAUCCUGCGGCACAAUUAGUGGAGGUUAUUUUGCGUGCUAUUGAAUCAUACAACAAGAUUAUAUCUUCGUCAAUAAAAGAAAUAUACUUUUGCGAUGUCAAUGAUACUAUUGUCAAGGAGUUUGUCAAAGCUCUUAAGACUAAAUAUGGACUGAAAGUCAAGGAAUUCUAUGGCUAUGAAUAUGUUAAACAAUUCUCAGUUCAAAACACAGACUCUCAUUUAGAAGAAGAGAAGUCAAGAAAAAGCAGGCCUAGGUCGGAUAUUGACAACAGUGAGAUGAAGGUUAUCAGUGGCAAUCUGGCAAAAAUGAGGGUUGAUGUGAUUGUGAACUCCACGAACAAAUCAUUAAACCUCAAUCUUGGUGCUACGUCCAAGAGUCUUCUAAGGGCAGGGGGUGAAUUCCUGCAAGAAGAAUGUAGAAUGAAGUACAAACAUGGCGUUCAACCAGGAGAAGUAGCCAUGACCAAGGGAGGUAAUCUACACUGUAGGCAAGUGUAUCAUGGAGCCAUUAAGAAGUGGGAUCACAACAAAGGAGAUGCACUCAGUAGGUUCACUGGAUUUGUUGAGAAUUGUCUGAGAAUGGCGGACAAGAAUUGGAUGAGUUCCAUGGCAUUCCCAGCACUAGGGACAGGAAGACUGGGUUAUCCCCCUGAUCUUGCUGCAAAGACAAUGCUCAAAUGUUGUAGAGAUUUCCUACGUCAGAAAAGAUCAACUUCAUUGAAAGAGAUUAUCUUUGUUGUUUAUCAUGAGGAUAAAGAAACUUUUGAAGCAUUUCAAUCUGUAAUGAAAUCAGAGUGUGUAAGUAGAAGAACAGUGGCAUCAAGUUUCAGUCACCCACAGAGGCAGAGUACAGGUCGGAUCCCCACACGGAGGGAUUAAGGCUACUAAAGGGCGCAAUUUUUUUUCUCUAUUAGGUCGUUUAAACUACAAAUUGUUUAUAUUAGUCUUACUAUUGAAGUGCUAUCGUUCACUUUGAAAUAAAUAUAGGUCCAAAACCUACUUUUCAUGCUAGUGACCUUUAAAUAUUGAGAGAUCCGUCGAAAAAUGAUUUCCCUUACUAAGAUUUUCCUUAAUGUGAAAUUAUCACAAAUUAUAAAAUGAGUUGGAGUGUGUAUAUAUAAAUAUAUUACACAAAAAGCAUGUUUAUAAAUAUUGAUGUAGAAAUUACAUGUAUUCCUGCAAUUAAAACGUUGAUAUGAAUAUAGAAGUUUGGUUAACGUUAUUACUGCACAUUUGUCGAUGUAUAUUAUCUGGUUAGUUAAAUUUUUUCAUAUUUUUACUUCUUCAUGUAUCUAUCAAUAUUAAAAAGGAAAAUGUCUACGAAAUAAUUAUGUGACUUGUCAAUACAAUGGUUCAAUCUAUAAUUCAAGAUAAUUUUUAAUAAACUUAAUAAAAUACAUACUAGUAUUAUUCAUUGAAAGUUUUUGAAACAAGUAUAUUCUAAUCAUUAGAUAUAUGGACAAACUGUGAUGUGCAGUGAAAGCUGAUUUCUUCAACUCUGUGACAAAUAAGUUAUUAUUCUCAAUUAACUAUUAUUAUUAUUUUAAAACAAUUGAAAGUACUCUUUUUCUCAAUUCUAAGUUUGAAAACCAAACAAAAACUUAGAUCUUCUUUUAAUGAAUGUGCUGGAAAUAAUGCUGAAAUAUUGUUUGAAGUUGUUUGAGUAGUCAUCCAUAAUAUGAUAUUGCUUGAUUUCACCAGAUUAAAGUAUUUGUUCGUAUACUAAGUCUCUGUAUGGUAUGUAUGGUUCACCAUAACGAACCUAUGAUUAUGUAUAUUGACAUGCUGUCGCUUUCGUCGCAACAACGCGGAAAUGUUGUAUAUGAUAGGGUUUAGAGUUAAUGGGAACAACGAGGCUCACCAAAUCAUAAACCACAGACGUUAAUCAAUACCUAUAAAUGCCAGGAAAUCUAAUUAAGAACCAACAAUACAUCCGAAGAAGCUAGUCUACUGCAUAUAAAACACAAGACGCCUAUCGAGAUAAUUGAAGGUAGAAUUAUGUUGUUUUUGUUUUUGAUGACAUUUAAAUUAUACAGGUCUUCGCGUAAUUUUUAUUGGUUAUGGAUGGUAAAGUUCCCCCUUGCUUAAAAUCGUUUAUAAACUUAAAUAUGUUUUAUAGAUAUGUUUUAUAAGAAAAUUUGCUACAACAAAUGUAAUUAUAAAAUAGUAACAGUUGGGUUUGCGGAAAAAGGACAACGGUUAUGAGAUACAUAUCCCAAGACUAGAAAAAUUACCAUCAAAGUAAUCAUUUUCAAACAAUGACGUCAAAGUUAGAAGAAAAUUAAAGAAACAGCACCCACAUGGAUACAAGUAUGGCCAAACAUGUGUUUUUUUUAAUUCUGAGAAAUGGAAAUGGAUAAUUGAAAUUCUGUCGACCAUUACACAAAGUACAAUGAAGGCUGAAGCUUCGCUGGAGACAGUAGCCAACAUUUCAGAAAUAAGAGACGAGAAAGAUCAAAACGAUCUUUUUUGUCUUUUCAGCAAAUGUUAUUACAGAAAGAUCACAAAUCUUCAAGCGUGUUGUCUGAUAGCAAUAGGUCAAGAUAUACCAGUUUUAAUGGAACAGAGAAUGCCUUCUCAUGUAUAAUAUGUAACCUGUUAUUCCGAAGUUUUACAUAUAAAAUAUAACAAAGAUCAACAAGAUCAUUUUUGUCAAUGCAACAAAUGUUAUUAUCAGAAAGAGACUAUAGGAUGCACUGUAAUUGUGC